GACCGCCACAGUGCAGGUUUAUUGGAGGCGUCCCUUGCCCUCCCCUCUCUCUCCCUCCGUCUCUGGCUCUCGCACCGCAGCUCUCCCUGGUUUGCCCGCCGCCGUGGACAAUAGAGUGAUUGGGAGGUGCCUCCCCUGCCACGAUCGGUCACCACCGCCACCACCGCCGCCACACCUGCACGACCGACACCCCGCGCACUCAGAGCCUCCGAGAUGUCAGACAGCGCCGACAUGAGCGACCUCUGCUCUGUCACGGACCCCGCCAGCCGGGGAGAGGUCCCUCUGAAGGCGAUCGAGCGGGAGCUCACGUGCCCCAUGUGCAAGGAGCUGUACGCGACGCCGCUCCUGCUGCCGUGCCAGCACAGCGCCUGCCGCGCCUGCAUCAAGGACGCACUGCUACUGCUGGGACGCGGAUCGAGCCCAGGGGGGGCUCCCUUCCAGGCGCUGGCCCAGGAAGAGCAGCACGGAUCUCAGCACUCCUCUCCCGGCCUGACGCCCACCCACAGCCCCCGGGGGCCCAAGUCGCCCGCCUCAGGCCCCUCGCCGUGCAGCCCGGGCUCUGCCGCGGCGUCUCCCGUCGGCCUGGCGGGGCCCCUGCCGCACGCAGACCGCGGGGAGGCCAACAGCAGGGCCCAGCGGCCCGUGCGUCUGACGAGGGAGCGCUCCUUCUGGAAGUCAGGCUACGCGACCUACCCCGGCCACCGCCGCACCCCCCCGCCGAGCCCGCGCCCCCCGUCCGCCUUCCCGUGCCCCGUGUGCCAGCGCGACGUGGAGCUGGGCGAGCGAGGACUCGCCUCGCUCUGCCGCAACUUCGCGCUCGAGGGGGUCGUGGAGCGCCACCGGGUGGCGCGGGGGGGCGCCAUCCCGUGCCAGGCGUGCCGCCCGGCGGGGGCGGCGGCGGCGUCCCGCGCCGCCACCAAGAGCUGCCUCGACUGCAAGAGCAGCUUCUGCAAGGCGUGCUUCAAGCUGCAGCACCCGUGGGGCACGCCGCGCGCGCAGCACGAGUUCGUGGCGCCCACCACCAGCUUCAGGCCCAAGGUGCUGCUGUGCCCGGAGCACGAGGCGGAGCGGGUGACGGUGUACUGCGAGGUGUGCCGCCGGCCCCUGUGCCACCUGUGCAAGCUGGGGGGCGCCCACAGCAACCACAAGAUCUCAUCCAUCACCAACGCCUACCGCACGCUCAAGGACAAACUCUCCAAGAGCGUCGCCUACCUCGUCAGCAAGGAGCCCGAGGUGCGCGCUCGCAUGGACGACAUCGACGACGACAUGCGGCAGGUGGAGAUCGUCAUCGUCACCAUCUCGUCGUCGUCUUCACUAUCCCGGGGCGCCGCUAAUGACGACGAGGAGGAGGAGGAGGGUGGUUUGAGCGGCGUCGACCACGACGGCGACAACGGCGGCGAGGACCCAGCGUGCGACGAGGGCGCGGGAAAAAGACGAAGCGGGAGAGGCGAGAGGCGCGAGGGAGGCAACGGCGGCGGCGGCGGCGGCGGAAGUUGGCAGCGCCGCUCCGUCCGGAACGCCGGCGGCGAAGAGGAAGAGGAGGAGAAGACGAGCAAACGGAAAGAUGGAGACUCUCUGGACAGGCGGCGAGCGGCGAUGGCGUGGAUCAGCCGCUUGCUCCGGAGGGCGGCUCGGUCGGCGCGGGGGGUGGUGAUGACGACGCUGCCUCCUCGGAAACGGUUCCUGGAAGCCGGAGGGGUGAAUCAUUUGCACCGUUCCAUCGCGCCGGUGGAUUUUUGCGCCUAG